AUGAGCAAAAGGCAGGCCGAGCCAGGUUACAAUUUAGCACUCAUUUGUUCCGCCUGCAAUCCCUGGGUGUGUUUCUCAUCGCUUCCCCAGGUGCGGGAGCCCUGCCCGGGCCCCGGGGCGGCGCCUGAGGGGAGCCCGGCCCGGGACCUGCUGCAGCAGUGCCUGUGGGCCGCGGGCAUCACCGAGCAGCUGCUGGAGGCCGAGGCCAGGCGGGACCCGGGCUCCUUCCAGCCCUCCGCGGAUCCCCGGCAGGUGCGGGGCCGGCAGCCGCUCCUGCAGCCCUUGGGGCAGCCCCUCGGGCCCUUCCCGGGGCCGCCUCAGCCCGGGGGGCGGCAGGCGGCGGCCGCGGCCCUGCCAGCGCCGCACGUCGUGCUCCUGCAGCAGGUGCCACAGAGGAUCAUCCUGCAGCUGAAGCAGCCGGGCCCCACCACGCUCGCCCUGCUCCCCUCCUGUGUCCCGGGCAGUGGCCACGGGCUGGAGCCACCAGCCCACAAAGCCACUGGCCACCCCUCCUCUGCCACCCUGUCACCCUGCGGCCACCAGCAGCCCGGAGCAGCAGCAGCCCAGCACAGCAGCACGGCCAAGGCUGUGGGAAUGGAGCUGUGGCACGGUGAAAGCCUCUGGGGCCUGGAGCCAAAAUGGGGGACACGGGACCCUUUCGUGUCUUAUUUUUAAUAAACUCCUGAUGCAAAGUGCCCUAGGAAGCCACAGUGAGAUUAUUUAGUGUUAAGGCUUGAGUUUAAACAGAUCACUGGCCCUGAGGAGAGGAAAACCUUCUUCAGCGUUCCUGUCCCUAUUUCUGCUGGGAACUCGGGGGGUCCUUGUGCCCUCCAGCAGCCCCUUCACGUGAGGAGCUGGCUUUCCUGGCAGUGCUCUUUGUUUCCAGGUUUUUCCACUUUGUUUACAAGGUUUUCUACUUUACUUUCCCUGUAAAGUUUGUAGUCCGUUUUUCUCCUCCUUCAUUUUCCAUUUUUCCCCUCUAAUUCCCAUUUCCCCCUUGAUUUCCAAAUUUUAUACCUUCCUUCCCAGCUUUGCCCCUUAUUUUCUAGUGUUCCACUUUCUUAGCUUUCCCUUUUUUAUUUCCAAGACCUCUACUUUAUUUCCAAGAUUUUCUACUUUUUUUUCCAAGGUUCCUUUUAUUUCAGUUUUUUUCUCUUUCAAGUUUUGCCCCUUCAUUUCCACAUUUCUCCACUUUGUCUCUAAGU